UUAGCCAAAUCUAACCAGGGUUUGAAAUGGCGCGGCUAGGGUUUCUAAGCUCUAGUAAAAGAAAAACGAUACUAAACCCUAGCCCUCACUACCAUUGAAGCCAUUGACGAAGAGAAUCAGAGCAGGGAAGAAAUUGUGCCAAACAAACAAUGGGUGUGUAUACAUUCAUCUGCAAUCAAUCAGGCGGAAAAUGGAGCGCCAAGCAGUAUUCAGGAGACCUUGAGGGUUCUGCAGCUAACACUUACGAUUUGCAGCGCCACCUCGUUAAUGUUGCCCUCACUUCAGAAGGAUCGGGAGUUGUUCAGUCUUCUUUCUCACACGUCACUCCUAGUUCUGCUGUAUUCCAGGUGGUUAUUGGGGGUGUAGGAGGAGGCGGUGGAUUUACUGGUGGCGCCAGAGCGGCUGCCCCGGCGGCGGCCGGAGGCGGUGGUGCUGCACCUGCAGACGAGCCCCCUGCCGAGGAGAAGAAGAAGGAGGAAGAAGAAAGUGACGAUGACAUGGGAUUCUCUCUGUUUGAUUAGGUUAGGGUUUAUUAGCAUCUGUUUUGGUUUUAGACGGACAUGAGUAUUUUUGUGCCCCUUUUAAUUGAAAUGGGCCUCACUCAGAAAUUUAAUUACAAGAGGGAUUACAGAGACUUCAGAUGAGUUGUUCUUAUGUUAUUUGAAAGGACAGAUCUUGGCGGUAUGUAAGUUAUGAUUAUUUUUCUACUGCUAUGUGGUGUAAUUUUUCUUUAACAUUCUACAAAUUUAUAUAUGCAAGUGGCUGUUAGAAGUC